AUGAAGACAAAUAUUUUAUGCCGAUAUGGGAUUCCUGAAAGGAUCAUUACUGAUAAUGGUCCCAAUCUCAAUGGAACAGAAGUCAGAAACUUUUGCAAGAAGUUCCAAAUCAAGCAUCAUAAUUCAGCCCCAUAUAGACCUCAAAUGAAUAGAGCAGUUAAAGCAGUCAAUAAAAAUAUUAAGAAGAUUAUUGAAAAAAUGACAGUAACUUAUAAGGAUUGGCAUGAGAUGCUUCCCUAUGCUUUACAUGGUUAUCAUGCUACUGUACGCACAUCCAUAGGGGUAACCCCAUACUUCCUUGUUUUUGGAAUGGAAGCUGUCACACCCAUUGAGAUGGAAAUACCAUCCUUGAGAGUAUUGGCAAAGGAAAUAUUGCCUAACCAAGAAGAUAAUAGAGGCAAAUGGGCUUCGACCUAUGAGGGACCUUAUGUCGUCAAUCAUGCCUUUUCUGGGGGAGCACUAAUCUUAGCUGACAUGGAUGGUCAAGAGUUAGUAAAGCCCAUUAAUGCGGAUGCUGUCAAGCAUUACUUUGCUUAA